AUGAAUCGGCAGAAUUAAAAGGCAAUAAGAGCUUCAUUAAAGAAAGCACUUUUUAAUGAUAAGAGAAGAAAUGCAUGUCCGAAAUAAGGUCGAUAAAAUUCAUCCCCUUCUAUUCCCAACAAUUAACCUAGAGCUAUUAAUUAAUAAUUUAGACAUUUUAGUGAUGUUUAUGAAUAUAGUGAUGAAUAAAUAGGUAAAAUCAAUAUUUAUGAUUAGGUGAGGGAGCUCAUGGAAUUGUUAAAAAAUGUUAUAGAAGAGAUCCAAAUAACAAUAAUGGAGCUUUUGACAGAGUUACUUACGCUGUUAAAGUGUUUAGAACUGGUGAUACAGAAGUAAUUAACACAAUAAGAGAGACAUUUCACUUACAUCGUGGACUAAACGAUCUUAAUUGUGUUGUUAAAGUUCUUGAUUUGUUUAUAAAUUCAAAAAAAGAGGAGCAUCAUCUUGUAAUGGAAUAUUGUCCAUUUCCUAGUCUAGAAUAAAGAAUAGGAUCCUUUUGUGAAGAAGACAUCUAAUAAAUCACAUUAAAUUUGGCUUAAUCUUUGUUUUCUUUGCAUUAAAGAGGAAUUUGUCAUAGAGAUUUAAAACCUGAUAAUAUUCUAAUAAGUGAUUAAUUUUCAAUUAAAUUAAUUGAUUUUGGUGUUUCCAAAAGAUUUUUAGUAAAAGGAAAAGUAACAAAAAAAAUUGAUAUGUGGACAAGGACUGGCUCAUUAUUUUAUUAAGCACCAGAAAUAUUUAUGGGAGGUGGAUAUGAUGAGAAAAGUAUUAUUAUAAAACUUAUAUUAUAGUUGAUAUUUGGUCAGCUGGCAUAAUAUUAUAUCAAUUAUUAUUUGGAUAAUUGCCUUUUCAAUCAGAAACAAUAUUAGAUACAAUUGAAAUGAUUACUGAUUCAAAAUUAAACUCUACAUUUCUAAGUCAAUUAAAUCCAUUAAUUUAGGAUUUACUUAAAAGACUAUUGGAAAAAGAUCCAAAUAAAAGACUAUCUGCUGAAGGUAUGUAUUUUAUUAUCAUAAUAAGGAUUUGUUUUACAUCCUUGGUUGCAUACAACACAAUAAAAAAAAUCAAAUAAAAGUUUUGAUGAUUGUGAUAUCAUAGAAACAAGAAUUAAUGAAAACAUAUUAUAAACAUCUUAGAUAACUAUUUUAAGAUAGAAUUCGAGAUAUUAGGAUCAAUUAAUGAUACCAAUCUAAGAAGAAAGGGAAUAAAGCUCUUUAAAGAAUAGUUGGAAUUAUUGGGAAAACCAUGUACAUUAUGUCCCUUAAGAUGUAAUAAGAAUGACAAAUCUUGAUCAUGGUUACAUAAAUUAGAUUGGUACAUCUUAAGAAUUAGUAAAUGACUAAAAAAGAAUUGAUGAUUUGACUGAUUUUUAAAUUGGAUUAGUAAGAACUAAUUCAGAGCAAUUUGAUUAACUAUGA